GCCAUCUCUCUCUUUCUCUCUCUCUCUCUCUCUCUCUCUCUGCCUCUCUCAUUUCACUUUCUGUUAUCCUGUCUUUCCUCCCUGUCUACAUAUCUCUCUGUCUCUCUCUGCUUUCACUACAUUUCUCAUUUCCCCAUUCCCCCUGACUUUAAAUCAUUUUCAGAACAGAUACUUAAGGCUUUUAUCCAGUCCUUCUUUGUUUGGCCUGUUCUUCCUGGAAGUUCAGUGUAUUUUUGCUCUUUUUAUUAAUCAUCUGUCUGUUUCUAUGAGGCUCUACCAUCAGUUGUUCAUCAGUUGAAAAAAAUGCCACGCUCCUUUUUGGUGAAGCAGCUGAAGGUUCACGAUUUCUCAUCUUCCAACUACCACUAUCAACACCAGCACCACUUGGAUAACUCUUGUUCCACACAUGUGACACAUGCCAUCACUGAGUCAGCCACCAACUUGGCAUUGCGUUUGAGUGAAAAUGGAUACAUCCAUGAUUACAUAAUCCCCUCAGUGUUGCAAAGAACAAAGGAACCAUGUCGUGAGCAGACUGGGCUGUCUUCAGGACCCCGGUACUCCCCAGACAGCAGUGGGGAGGAGUUCUCCGACCAUGACAUAGAGCAUCCGGACAGCCCUGUUUUCACCACCACAGUUGAGUCAGACAGUAGCAGCCCUGAGUUGGAGGUGUGCACCAUAAAGGAAUUCCUCAUCUCUGAUGGCCGCUCCUGCAGGAGACCCAGACGACUAUGUUUACACAAAGGAGGCAACCAAUCAGACAGCAGGAAGGGUGUCAGCUUGACAGGCUGCAGCCCUGCCAAAGGGAAUACCAAAGGCCGCCACAUGUGCUGUGACUGUGGCAAGUCUUAUGCCACGUCCUCCAAUUUAAGCAGACACAAGCAGACUCACCGCAGCCUAGACAGUCAACAAGCCAGGAAGUGUCCAACCUGCCACAAGGUGUAUGUGUCCAUGCCAGCACUGGCCAUGCAUAUGCUGACCCAUGACCUGAAGCACGAGUGCACAGUGUGCGGUAAAGCCUUCAGUCGGCCCUGGCUCCUGCAAGGUCACAUGAGGUCCCACACUGGAGAGAAACCAUUUGCCUGUGCCCACUGUGGCAAAGCUUUCGCUGAUCGUUCCAACCUGCGUGCCCACAUGCAGACACAUUCAGCCUUCAAGCACUACUCCUGCAAACGCUGCCACAAAAGCUUUGCACUGAAGUCCUACUUGAACAAGCACUAUGAGUCAGCUUGCUUCAAAGAGCAUCAACCUGAGGAUGACUGCAGUUCUAAAGACUGAUUAAAAAAUAUUAAUUUCUAUUCAUUCACUUCUCAGGCUUGUCACAUGCAUGCAUAAUAAUCCUGCCUUUUGAUAUAAGCUGUAACCUAAUUUUAUUCAGGAAUUAUGUAUGAAAUUCAUAAAAAUCUCAGUGUUAAUCAGAAAUAUAACAUAUUUUAUAUUGAUUGUAAAUUGAAUUGCAAUACUGGACAUGUGAGUAUUAUUUUACUUGUCAGCUAGCUCUUAAUUUAUCUAUAAAAUGUAUUUGUUAAAUGAUGUAUUUGUAUAUUUAUUAAUGUAUUUAAUUAUUUAAUUAUUUAUAAUUAAUCAUUGGUUGAUGUAUUUGUGAAUUUAACAUGGAUUUAUUAGAAACCAUGCAUAGGAUUUAUUGAGAACAAAUGCCAAAAAUAUUUUGACAUACUUUAUUUCUGUGUCUGA